ACGCGUCUCCUAAGACGACCACGACUUGCGACAGGCCUCUGUUGACUCUGCCGCGGUAUGGCGAUGCGCCGAAUUUCGCAUUGACGUGCUCGAUCGGAGGUGGCCAAGGUAGGAAGGAGAUCAUUGGCAAUCCCCGCGUGUUCGUCUCAGUCUUUUUCUAAUCUGCACUUCCACCAUCUCGGCCAACCUCGUCGAACUUGUCUAGGCAAAGGGUGCUCAAUUAGCGACGCGGUGAGCGGCUUUUCCGGCUCUCAAAUAAUCCUGUGCCGCCAGGAAAAUGCCUUAUUACAACACGCCUCAACCCACCUACUCCCACAAUCCUGCCUAUGCAUCCUCCUCCAGGCAAUCACCCACAAACGCGAACUCUCUGCUCGGGCGCAUAGGCUCGCCCGCAGGGUCGCCAGCGUCCUACCCGCGCCCUGCGCCGCCGAUCGCCGCACCUGCACCUGCAAACGCAGAGCAGGAUAACAGCGAGGAUAUGGAGGUGGACUCGGGCGACGUGGCCCUCCCAUCGGAGGAGACCGUCGACGCGUUCCUCGCGAGCGUACUCACCACGGACGUCGUCGCAUCGCACCUGCAGGUACCCUCCGCCCCGGCCUCCCAAUCGCCCGUACCUCCGCCGCCAGCCACAUCCCGCCCUGGCCCGACACCCCCCUCCCUCCUUUCCUCCACCCAGGAGGCGGAGCGCCGUGCGCACGAGCUGGUGACGGACGAGUGGUGCGAGGAGAUGAUCGCGCAUGCGAGGCGGGCGAGGGAGGAGAUGCGCAAGCGGGCGGGCGAGGGAAGGGAAGGGAAGGAUGUGGCCGCGAAUGAGGAGAAAAAUGUAGGGGAGAAUGCGGAAGAUGUUGUGAUGGAGGAUGCAGAUGUGUGCGCACAGGGCGUGGGCACGACUGAGCAUGCGGUAGAGAGCGGACAGGUCCCAGAGAAACAGCCACACCCACCUGGAGAGACGAUGCUGGACAGUGCCGCUCGUGUACUGCAAGGCUUCCUCGCGAACUCGCCCCGGCCGCCGGGCUCGAUGCGACGUGAGGUAAGUGGCCAUUCUGCGCAAGCCGCAGAAUCCUCGCAGGCUGCUGCUGCUGGGCCGUCGACCGCAGUGGAGCCUACUCCCGCUGCUCAAGCGGCAACGUCCACGGCAGGGGUAACAGCGGCUCUGGGUACGGAUUCCGGGCUGUGGGCACUUCGAGUAGGCAGUCGAGUGCCGGAGAUCGCUACGAUCACGUUCAACGUGCGAGACAGCGUCGCGUGUGCAGUUCAGCGCUGGGCUCUGCGGUACAAUGAGUUUGACGAUAGCAAGACACAGAUCUCUGUCCAUCUCCUCUGCUUACCCGCAUUAGCAGUGGCAGAGGCUAAUAGCUCAUUGGGUACAUCGGCGCAACCGGAUGCAGUCUCAGAUGCUCUGAAGAGCAUACCGACGCAAUGGCCACCCAAAGGGACACUGGUUAUCGAGGUGAACGGCAGCGACGCGAAGCACGCUCGUACAUUCCUCCCCACCCACCUGGACGCGAUAGGUGGAGCCGUGGAUCUCACGGCGCACAUACGUCCGGGUGCGAACACGGUCCGACUCAUCCAGCUGCGGGACCUGUCCGAGUGGGUGUUCGUCGUGCACGCCGGGGCGCCCUCGGACGACGAGCGGGCGGAGUUCGCGGUGCCGGGGACGGACGCGCGGGAGUGGGCGGCGUUCGUAGCACGCGCUUCUGCCAACCAUGGCGCGAUUGAGUCAACGCCGAUGGCAAUGACCGUCUCACCAGUGUAGUGCACAUUUUUUUGAAGUGUUGAUUGCUUGUGCGGUGCGAUGGCGAGCAUAAGCAUCAUUCAUGAGGAUUACCGAGAAAUCAUGAACAUUCGCAUUGUGAACUGCUGAG